UCCUGUGUGAUUUUUUUGGAGGGGGGUCUAUCUCUGGGAAAUACUACAUUAUAGAGAGGAAAACCUUUUGACUUAAUCAAGUAUCCACAUGUGUCCUCGAAUCACCUUUUUACUCGGGAGAAAGCAACAUCAAGGCGUGCCUGGCGAUUAUUGGCGGAUUCUUCAACCUUCUUUGAUGACAAACUAAUGCUCUUUCUAAUGCAGGAGGCGAGCCGUUCACUCUGAAAGUGCAGGAUGAAAUGAUGGAACAGCUACUUGUACCGCCAGGACCAGACAGCUUCCGCCCGUUUUGUCGUGAGUCCCUCGAUGCCAUCGAGAGGCGGAUCGCUGACGAGAACGCCAAGAAGUCCAAGGCGAAGCCCAACAAUGAUGACGACAAUGGGCCUAAGCCCAGCAGUGACCUGGAGGCUGGCAAAUCACUGCCACUCAUAUAUGGGGACAUUCCCAAAGGAUUGGUGUCUACACCACUGGAGGACUUGGACACCUUUUACAGCAAUCAGAAAACCUUUAUAGUGUUGAACCGAGGGAAGGCCAUCUUCCGCUUCAACGCCACUCCUGCAUUGUAUGUCUUAAACCCCUUCAACCCUCUUAGAAGAAUAUCAAUUAAGGUUUUGGUACACUCAUUGUUCAGCAUGGUAAUCAUGUUGACUAUCCUUACCAACUGUGCGUUUAUGACCCUGAGUCAGCCCCCAGACUGGACAAAGAAUGUCGAGUACACAUUCACUGGAAUCUAUACAUUUGAAUCUCUUAUAAAAAUUCUGGCAAGGGGCUUCUGUGUAGGGAAGUUUACUUUUCUCCGAGACCCAUGGAACUGGUUGGAUUUCUGUGUUAUUGUCAUGGCAUAUGUCACAGAGUUUGUGGACCUGGGCAAUGUCUCAGCACUGAGAACGUUCAGGGUUCUCCGAGCUUUGAAAACUAUAUCGGUCAUCCCAGGCCUGAAGACCAUUGUGGGAGCGCUGAUCCAGUCAGUGAAGAAACUGUCAGACGUGAUGAUCCUCACUGUAUUCUGCCUAAGUGUCUUUGCCCUAGUAGGGCUGCAGCUGUUCAUGGGGAAUUUAAGAAACAAAUGUUUAAGGAUCCCUCUUAACUCAACCAACCUCUUUGAUGAUUCAGUCGACUUUAAUGGGACGGACCUCAACAAGACCAGCUCGUUCAACUGGACCUAUUACACGAAUGAUCCCAAAAAUUAUUACUACCUCCCAGGUAAAAAAGAUGCUUUGCUUUGUGGAAAUGGCAGUGGUGCCGGGCUGUGCCCAGAGGGAUUCUGGUGCAUCAAAGCAGGCCGGAACCCAGAUUACGGCUACACCAGUUUUGACACGUUCAGCUGGGCCUUCCUGUCUCUGUUCAGACUGAUGACUCAGGACUACUGGGAGAACCUCUACCAGCAGACCCUGAGGGCUGCUGGGAAGCCAUACAUGAUCUUCUUUGUGUUGGUCAUCUUCCUGGGCUCCUUCUACCUUAUCAACCUAAUCCUGGCUGUGGUUGCCAUGGCCUACGAUGAGCAGAACCAGGCCACCAUUGAGGAGGCUCAGCAGAAGGAGGAGGAGUUUCAGAAGCUGAAGAGACAGCAGGAGGACGCACAGGCGGCGGCAGCGGUGACAGCGGCUGAGAGUGGGGAGUUCAGUGAGAGAGGGGAGCUCACUGACACCUCCUCAGAGGCCUCCAAACUCAGCUCCAAGAGUGCCAAAGAGAGACGCAACAGGCGCAAGAAGAAAAAGCAGAGAGAAGAGGAGGAGAGAGGGGACAAUGACAAGUUUCACAGGUCUGAGUCUGAGGGCAGUAUGCAAAAGAGUCGUUUCCGCUUCUCCAUAGAUGCCUCCAACCUGCUCAACUACGACAUGAGAUGUUCCACACCACACCAGUCCUUCCUGAGUAUCCGUGGACCCCUGUUCUCAUCCAGACGAAACAGCCAGGCAAGCCUCUUCAGCUUCCGGGACCGAGCGCAAGACAUGGGCUCGGAGAACGACUUUGCCGACGACGAGAACAGUACUUUCGAGGACAACGACAGUCGCCGGGGAUCUCUGUUUGUCCCCCGGCGGAGCGACCGGCGCUCCAGCAACCUCAGCCAGAACAGCAUGUCAUCACAUGUCCUGUUGCCCGCCAAUGGGAAGAAGCACAGCUCCGUGGAUUGCAAUGGGGUGGUGUCCCUGGUGGGCAGGGCUUCACUUCCCACAUCACCUGAGGGACUCCUUCUGCCAGAGGUGACAGUAGAUAAAGCCUCUACCGAUGACAACGGCAACACUACGGAGCCAGAGUACAGAAAGGCCCGAUGUGAAUCGUACCAGGCCUCUAUGAACCUCCUGGAGGACCCAGGUGCCAGGCAGAGGGCCUUCAGUGUAGCUAGUGUUAUAACUAACACUAUGGAAGAACUUGAAGAGUCGAGACAGGAGUGCCCUCCUUGCUGGUACAAGUUCGCCAACACCUUCCUCAUCUGGGACUGUUGUCCGGCAUGGCUGAGGAUCAAGAAGACAGUCAAGAUGAUCGUGAUGGACCCGUUUGUAGACCUGACUAUCACCAUAUGUAUUGUUCUGAACACAGUGUUCAUGGCUAUGGAGCAUCACUCAAUGUCUGGGGAUUUCAAAAAAAUGCUUUCUGUGGGAAACCUGGUGUUCACAGGUAUCUUCACAGCUGAGAUGUGUUUCAAGAUUAUUGCUUUGGAUCCGUACUGUUAUUUUAAGGAAGGCUGGAAUAUAUUUGAUGGUAUCAUUGUCAGUUUGAGCUUGAUGGAGAUUGGCUUGGCCAACGUGUCUGGAAUGUCUGUCCUCAGAUCAUUCCGAUUGCUGAGAGUGUUCAAACUGGCCAAGUCUUGGCCCACACUGAACAUGCUGAUCAAGAUCAUUGGUAACUCAGUGGGGGCUCUGGGUAACCUCACCCUGGUCCUGGCCAUCAUCGUCUUCAUCUUCGCCGUGGUGGGCAUGCAGCUGUUUGGGAAGAACUACAGAGACUGUGUGUGUAAGAUCUCUACAGACUGCACACUGCCCCGCUGGCACAUGCAUGACUUCUUCCACUCCUUCCUGAUUGUGUUCCGGGUGCUGUGUGGGGAGUGGAUCGAGACUAUGUGGGACUGUAUGGAGGUGGCUGGCCAGAGCAUGUGUCUCAUUGUCUUCAUGAUGGUCAUGGUCAUCGGGAACCUGGUGGUCCUGAAUUUGUUCCUGGCCCUGCUGCUGAGCUCGUUCAGUGCUGAUAACCUGGCGGCCACGGAUGAUGACAGCGAGAUGAACAAUCUGACGGUGGCCAUAGGCCGCAUCCACCAGGGCAUCGCCUUUGUCAAGGCCUUGGUGUGCCGCUCCUUCCACAGCAUCUGUCUGAGGAAAAAGAAGGGGAGCCUGAACGAGGACAAGCCCCUGGAUGACCUCCACAGAACCAACUACAACUCCAACCACACCACUGGGGAGAUCAUGAAAGACCCUGAAUACGUGAAGGAUGACAAUGGCACCACCGGUGGGGUAGGAAUGGGAGUGGGUAGCAAUGCAGCAGGGAAGUACAUAGUCAACGACAACACUGACUACAUGCAGUUCAUCCACAACCCCAGUCUGACUGUCACGGUGCCCAUCGCUGUGGGGGAGUCGGACUUUGAAAACCUCAACACUGAGGACUUCAGCAGCGAUUCCUCGGACAUAGAGGGAAGCAAAGAGCAACUAGGUAAAGACCGUCCACUGAGCUCAUCAGAGGGAAGUACAGUGGACAUCAGGCCCCCAGGAGAGAGAGAGGGCUCGGUGGACAUGGAGCCUGAGGAGUCCAUGGAAGCUGAAGGAUGCUUCACUGAUGGCUGUGUCCGUAGAUUCCAAUGCUGCCAAGUGAACGUUGAGGAGGGCAAGUGGAAGAUGUGGUGGACAUUGAGGAAGACCUGCUUCAGGAUAGUGGAGCACAACUGGUUUGAGAGCUUUAUCAUCUUCAUGAUCCUGCUCAGCAGUGGAGCGCUGGCAUUUGAGGACAUCUACAUCGAACAGAGGAAGACCAUUAAGACGGUGUUGGAGUUUGCGGACAAAGUCUUCACCUACAUCUUCAUUCUGGAGAUGUUGCUGAAAUGGGUAGCCUAUGGAUUUGCCAAAUACUUCACCAACGCCUGGUGCUGGUUGGACUUUCUUAUUGUUGACGUCUCUUUGGUCAGCCUUGUGGCCAACGCCCUGGGCUACUCUGAGCUGAGUGCCAUCAAGUCCCUGAGGACGCUGCGAGCGCUGAGGCCCCUGAGAGCGCUGUCCCGCUUCGAGGGCAUGAGGGUGGUCAUCAACGCUCUGCUUGGAGCCAUCCCCUCCAUCUUCAAUGUGCUGCUGGUGUGCCUCAUCUUCUGGCUCAUCUUCAGCAUCAUGGGUGUCAACCUGUUUGCAGGGAAAUACUACCAUUGUAUCAACAUGACCACGAGGGAGCGCUUCGAAGUCAGAGACGUGGCAAACAAGACAGAAUGUUUGGCUUUGAAAGGUACCCACUGGAAGAAUGUCAAGAUCAACUUUGAUAACGUGGGAGCAGGCUAUCUGGCACUGUUACAAGUGGCUACAUUCAAAGGCUGGAUGGAUAUCAUGUAUGCAGCUGUGGACUCUCGCAAUUUGGAUGAUCAACCCGACUACGAAGUGAAUCUGUACAUGUAUCUGUACUUUGUGGUAUUCAUCAUAUUUGGAUCCUUCUUCACACUCAACCUCUUCAUUGGUGUCAUUAUAGACAACUUCAAUCAGCAAAAGAAAAAGUUUGGAGGUCAAGACAUCUUCAUGACAGAGGAACAGAAGAAAUACUACAAUGCUAUGAAGAAGCUCGGCUCAAAGAAACCCCAAAAGCCUAUCCCUAGGCCAGUGAACAAGUUUCAAGGAUUUGUUUUUGAUUUCAUUACAAAGCAAGCCUUCGACAUUGUCAUCAUGAUUCUUAUAUGCCUUAAUAUGGUCACCAUGAUGGUGGAGACGGAUGACCAGGAAAACGACAUUCGUAAAAUUCUCUACAAUAUCAACCUGGUGUUUAUUGUCAUGUUCACCGGAGAGUGUAUUCUGAAGAUGAUCUCACUCCGACAAUACUACUUUACCAUUGGCUGGAAUGUAUUUGACUUUAUCGUUGUUAUCCUGUCGAUAAUUGGUAUGUUUCUCUCGGAAGUGAUAGAGAAGUACUUGGUUUCACCAACCUUAUUCCGAGUCAUUCGACUGGCCCGAAUUGGCCGUAUCCUUCGCCUCAUCAAGAGUGCCAAGGGAAUCCGUACACUCUUGUUUGCGUUGAUGAUGUCACUUCCUGCAUUGUUCAACAUUGGUCUUCUGCUCUUCUUAGUGAUGUUUAUCUAUGCAAUCUUUGGCAUGUCCAACUUUGCAUACGUCAAGAAGGAGUCUGGGAUUGACGACAUGUUCAACUUUGAAACGUUCGGCAACAGCAUGAUCUGCCUGUUCCAGAUCACCACGUCAGGGGGCUGGGAUGUCCUGCUGGCCCCCAUCCUCAACAAGGGAGAGCCAGACUGCGACAGCCGGAAAGAGCACCCAGGAAGCACGUACAAGGGGGGAGACUGUGGAAACCCCUCUGUGGCCAUUAUCUUCUUUGUGAGCUACAUAAUCAUAUGUUUCCUUGUUGUGGUCAACAUGUACAUUGCUGUCAUCUUAGAGAACUUCAGUGUGGCCACUGAGGAGAGCGCUGAGCCCCUGAGUGAGGAUGACUUUGAGAUGUUCUAUGAGGUCUGGGAAAAGUUUGAUGCGCGGGCCACCCAGUUCAUGCAGUAUGACAAGCUGUCAGACUUUGCUGACGCCCUAGACCCCCCGCUACGCAUCUCUAAGCCCAACAAGAUCCAGUUGAGCUCAAUGGAUUUACCCAUGGUGAGUGGGGAGCGCAUCCACUGCCUGGACAUCCUGUUUGCCUUCACCAAACGUGUCCUGGGCGAGGGCGAAGGCUUGGACAUCCUCCGGGGUCAAAUGGAGGAGCGCUUUAUGGCCUCCAACCCCUCCAAGGUGUCCUACGAACCAAUCACCACCACACUGCGCCGCAAGCUAGAGGACAUGUCUGCCCUGGUCAUCCAGAGAGCUUUCAGACGAUAUCUUCUCAAGCGUAUUGUUAAGCGGGCCUCUGCCAUGUACAAGGAGAAGAUACAAAGUGGAGGCACGCUCCUUGAUAAAGAGGUUCUCGUCAUAGACAAAUUUAACGAGAUCUCUAAUUCAGACAGAACUGACAUGACACCCUCCACAGCUUCUCCCCCAUCAUAUGACAGUGUCACAAAACCUGAAAAAAACAAAUAUGAAAAAGACAAGAGAAAGAAGGAGGUGAAGGAGAAAAAAAAGUACAUGGAUGUUGGGAAGAUUUAGCAUAGAUUUAAUUCUGCUACAAAUUGUUUACAGCCUUUGAAGGUGACCAAUGUGUCAAGUGAACCCCUUCUUUGGUGUGAAUAUCUAUGCCAAACUGACAAUGCUUACUUGAGUCUAAAUGUAAGGUUGGUGCCUAACAUGAGGUAGUGACUCAACCUCUUAGGCUGUAAGGUGACCAGUUGUUUGGAUGUUAAUUUCUGUGGGGACUAAAACAAAUGUUUGCCAGCUUUAUAGGGACAGGUAAAACAUGUUGUGUGUUGUUCCAAUCAGAAACAUUUAGUUAUACUGUAACUUCUCUUGCAGCUAGUACUUCCAGGGUUGCGUCCAGUCUCUUGCAUUAUAACUGCCAUAUGAUUUACUAACUUUGUUUUCUGACAGAAUCUUGUUUUUAAAACUCAUAGGUUGAUUGUGUGACUAUUUUUGUAAACAUAUGUUUUACUGUAAAACGAGGGGUUUCAUGUAUUGCUUUAAAAGGUAGUCGUGUUCACUUUAAAUGUUCAUACAACUUGACUAGUCAAGUGUGAUCAAACACACAUCCUUGUGGGGUGCAGGGCCGAAAGAAGUUGGCAUAAAAGAAAUUUGGGCCUGCACACUCAUAAACCGUUUUUAAAUGAAGGUAUAUGGUGGAGCUUAUGCAUGUGCGCGCUCUGUUUCGAGCAUAAGACAUGACUACUCAUGACAACCAUUAUUGCUGCAGUGCAGUUAGGGGGAUUGCUGCAGUUCAAUCGACAUGUAGACCUGCAUGAAUGCUUACCCAUGAUUACAGUGUUGCAUUACGCACCCUCACCAAAAUGAGCUUGCUUUCUCCGUGAUGUCUGAGGGGCUCAUACUUUGAUGAAUCUGUAUCAUUAUGUUACUCUCACUAUUACAAAUCAACAGGAAAGAUUUCUCCUGAGCAUACAGUCCAAAUACCAUUACCAACAAUCGUUGCCUAUAAUCAGUUUUCCGAACAAUAACACGCUCUAGAAAAACAUAGUUUUCCUCCUUUCAUUCAUCAGAAACCACAGUACAAUGCAGAAUACAUUCAUCUUUAGUGCUGGCUCACAGAGUUGAUACACAUAGUAUUCGUGGUCCAGCUCUUCUGUCCAGCUUGAACCUCAAUGGCCUCAAAGUCUAUACUGUCUUUUCCCGUCACAGUGGUGAAUGAUAAAAUGAAUGUCCUCUGCACAGUAUAGUUGUGACCAUCAGGUGUAAAUCGCCUCAAAUAAUCUCCAAGCCUCGUCUGACAGGUGAAACACUGUAUUCUGUGUCAUAUAUGCUCACUUAAGAGGCAUUCCAAAAGCAUGUAUCUUGUGUACUCUGCGGUUUUGGUACUGCAACAUCAUUAGUAAGUGCUAUAAAACUUGUAAUUUACCAAAUUUAAAUUGCUUUGAGUUUACCUUUCCUACCCACUUCCCAAAUCAUGUUCCACCGUUAUUGACGUAUCUGUAUGUACAUAUUCUAUAAUAUAUGAAAUAUACAAAUAUAUUUGAUAUAUUAUGUGAUGUUUCAUGUAUAAUGGAAUAUACAAAGUUUUUAAUGUUAUUUAAUACAUAUAUCUAUUAUAUUCUGCAUUCUCUGCUCUAUAUGGCAGACAGACCAGAGUAUGAAGCAUCCAGUUGAGGCCGUGGGAAGAUUUUGUAGUUAGAUUACACUCAAUGUCUAUAUAAAUAUUGUAAUAUGAUCAUUUUUCUUUGUACUGUACAACUGUUUUGUAAAUAGUUUGCUAUACAAUAUGGCCGCACUGUCUGCGCUAUAGCCACUUUAGUUAUUUAAGCUUCACCACACCCUUUCAUUUGGAAACGCCUCAUGUGAUCUAGUGAAGGGGAAAUGGACUUCUCAUUUGGAUUCUUUCAUCUUUUAUUUUGUGUCAUUUAUAAACUGUGGUAACAGUUUACCUCAUAUGCUUUAUCAUAAUAAAUAUCUAAGAUGGAACAUCAGGUUCAGAGAAUUCUGAAUAUGAUUGUCUCAAGGCUAGUGUGACAGCACACGUCUUCGAUUGUUUCCUACAUUUGUUUACAUAGUUAUCCAAUUCCUCAGGAUGUUACUUUUGUUAGCUGUUCCCUUUGUAUAAAGUGUCACAAGUGUCUGUAAUUAGAAUGUUUCAAAGUAUGUUAUGAAGAGCAUAUGUUGCAUGUAAUAAAAACAUUCAUAAUAUGUAUAAACUAUACAUGUAUACACAAUGAAUGUUUUGAUUACGUAACAUUUAAUAGAUCACAUCUUUAUAUGCAUUAUGCUUGUAGUGUAUGAGUAAACUGCAUGCAAGAUAUAACCCAUCUCAUUGAAAAGCCAAAAGAAUAAAGAAUACAUGUGCCUCAGGUAUGUCUGUAAAAUAUGAAUUUAUUCCAUCACACGUGUUUGACUAUUAAUUUGCGACAUUGCCAUCCAUACAGUACAUCAACAUACUCUAUAAAUCCAAGUUUUGCAUGCUUAACAAAUGUUUGCAAAUCAGUGGCCAGUGAGUUAAACGGAUUCAUCUAAGGUCCCUCUUUUUCCAUGUCAGCAAAUACUUUUUAUUUGAUCAUGUGACCUGACCAGUGAAAAUGUGUGGCCCCAAUU